UAAGGGUUCGCCCGAACUGUGACACAAAUCCAUUCCUGUUUCAACAGAUUAUUUCCUCAGUCUGUAAUAUCUCGGAAUCAGCAUUCAUAGAAGUUAGAGAAACUUUACAGUGACAGAACUGACAUUGAAGAUGGCAUAACUGGUGAAACACUUCGUUGAAGAGAUCGCCUAUAAAGUAUCACCCACAUAUAAUAUUUGCCGUGACUGUUUACUAUGAAGUGCUAAUAAAUGGAGUACGUAUUGGUAUUAUUGCUGUUGUUGUGCAUGUUUUUCGUUGCACAAUCAAAGUCUAMAGGUCUUGACUGCGCAGCGCUGGUCGAUGGACGGGACCCGAGAGCAAAAGUACCGUGUUUGCUAAGCAGUCCGAACGCAACGACUUGUGCAGGGAUUGGGUGCUGUUGGGAUUCGCGUCCUUCAAGCAAGUUGAAGUGCUUUACUGUGGGGGGGAACACAUGCCACAUCAAUCCAGUACCGUCAUGCAUGAAAAUUAUAAACACCACACUGCCGGAUCAUCGAGUGACCCCCCGGUUCAUUGACAACAAGCUUGGCAUUCCUAUAACAGAGGUAUUUUUAAGAGAAAUGAUUAACAUCAUUAACCAAUAUGCCAACGAUGACAAGGCUUGUCAAAAGAUUUUGUUGACAAUGGUUUGUCACUACACCGUACCCCCCUGUAAGUCUGAUGGCAGCGCUCGUACUUUCUGUCAAGAAGACUGUAUAGCGAUAUUCAAGCGCUGUAAAGAUUCGCUGAAUCAGGCGCUGGGAGCUGCGAAAUACAUCUCAAAAUCGAAGGGAAUCGACUUCACUCAUGUAAACUUCCCAAACUGUUCGCACUACAAACCAAGUACAGCUUACAACAUGAACUCCAAUGAUUCGUGUAUUAGGACUGGACUUUUCAAUAUCAGUGAACCAGAGAAGAAGACAGACCUUUUACCAAUCAUCCUACCAAUCUUCUUCGUUUUUAUCAUCGUCAUAUUUUUGGUAGCGGUUUUCUUCGUUAUUCGCCACAGAAGAAAGCAAAGAAGAGCAAUGCAGAACAGCAAACUGAUGCUGAGUGAUGGAGCUCUGACAAUGAGAGAAAAGCUGAGAGCUGAUUCAUUGAAGAGUAUGGAUUUGCUACGUUUGUACGAUCCAUCUAAGAUGAAACACUUUGCUUUGGAUAAUGUGGAGUACAUAAAAGAUCUUGGGGAGGGCCAUUUUGGGAAGGUUUUUCAAGGUCGYGCGGUUGGUAUUGUCGACGGUCAACCCAAGAAAGAAGUCAUGGUAGCGGUGAAGGCYUUAAAAGAAGGCUCCAGUAAAGAAAUGAAGACAGAAUUCUUCCAAGAAGUUGCAUUGAUGUCUAUUUUUGAUCAUCCUAAUAUUGUUUCACUGAUCGCCGUCUCGACAGAGGAGGAACCUUAUGGRAUGAUCUUUGAGUACAUGAACGAAGGAGAUUUAAAUCAUUACCUACGUAAUGCCCAAYCAGCAGAAACAUCUGUACAGUCGCACGACUCUAAAGUUUAUUUAACACAAGAAGACCUUAUAACAAUUUCGGAGCAAAUAGCAGCGGGGAUGGAAGAAGUCGCUAAACUCAAAUUCAUUCAUCGWGAYUUGGCCACAAGAAAUUGCCUUGUCGGACCUCAACUAGUUGUCAAGAUUGCUGAUUUUGGGAUGUCUCGAGAUAUCUACCAAUCGAAUUAUUACAAGAUGAGCCGUGAAACGCUUCUCCCUAUACGAUGGUUGGCCCCCGAGGCUUUCCUAUACGGCAAAUUUACGAUUAUGUCCGAUGUGUACUCGUACGGCGUUGUACUGUGGGAGAUUUAUACAUUUGGAUUGCAGCCGUACUAUGGUUACAGCAAUACAGAAGUGACGGACUUUAUUAAGAAGGGCAUUCACCUCGGUAAACCGGACAUCUGCCCGGAUUUUAUGUACAGCAUUAUGAAAGAUUGCUGGGCUAAAGAACCUACAGAUCGACCGGACUUUGCUCUUAUUCAGCAACGUCUUCGGGAUCCAUAUGGAGAUUACGAUGUACCAAAAUCGACCUCUGAUACUGACUUAAUGGAUGGGAAAACAGUCGAACCUCGACCCGAAAGCGGUAGCCAAGAUUUUGGUGAUUACGAUGUACCAAAAAGCAACGAAGAGCAUAGUUCGUAUGAUAUUCCACGAAGUCCAGGAGAUGUUGACCUAUCGCAGAACUACGACAUUCCAAAGUCCCCAGUCCAAGAAAAACAGGAACCGGAACCGGAACGUGCAGAGGAAGUCCACGAAGAAAGAAGAAAACCUGAUGAUGAAGUGGAUGUUGGUGAUUCACGAGCAGGAAGAAAGAAAGCUCCUUUGUAUAAAGCACAGCCCUCGAUUGAGGUCUGACUGGAUUUUCCACCAGAUUUUCCACCAGAUUUUCCACCAGAUUUUCACCAGAUUUCCCACCAGGUUUUCCAGUGGGUUCUCCACCAUUCUACAUAAAGAUUCCAGUUAUGCAAGCUAACCACUCUAGUUAACGUACAUCAGCUUAUUUUUUCAAAGUCUUUUUUUUUAAUUCUUUUAUUUUUACUUUUGUGAAGUUCUUUCUCAACUCUAUAUUGUCGAGAUACGUCCAAUUCUUAUCUUAUGUCAUAAAGACGCUUGCAUACUGUAAUAAUAAUAAUUCAUGCAUGCAGGGGGAGAGCUCACAACAAAUAUAGGUUAAUGUCUUUUAAUGUUGGUAUCUCCUCUGAAUCUGGAUGUACUAAUGAUAAAUAUCAAUAUCCUUCAGGCAAAUCCUUACCCAGGACAUACAUACAAAAUCUAUGGAUACAUACAAAAUCUAUGGAUUCGAUAAGUUUAUCCACCUUUUCGUACAACCGGACUCGGAAUUUGAACUUUUAAAGUUAUAUAAUCACUAGUAUUUUGACUUUUGAGGAGAAAUUUCUCUCACCGGCCGUGAAGUUCAUUAGGUAGUGGCGAAGUUGUUGUACGUCCUUCAUAUAUUUCAUACAAUUUUGUUUUAUUUAUUUCCCUAAAAAGAAAUUACCAAAAAACUUACUUCAAAAUUCUCUUUUUUGAGAGGGUAUAAGCCAGGCAUGAUYGCCUCUAUCUAGUAAGAGCUUCACGGUUGACAAAGCUUCCUAAAGAGGCUGUAUUUUUAGAAGACGAAUACUGCACAAAUUAGUUUUAGGUUAAUGGGUGGGUAAGGGUAUAAAUAUUAAUAUCGAGAGAUAUUUAGUGUUAAUGUUAUAUUUUUAUUUUUUUCUAGUGAGUAAUCUCACUUAACAAGCGACGCGAGACAGAAGUGUCGCCGAAAUACACCGUGAUCAGGUCGGUUGUACGAAGGGGGAGGGGGGGUGAGGGAUAGCGACAUCCAACUACCGGGUAAAUUCUUAUCCGGCGAAUAAAAUCCAUACAUAAUCUAGAGUGGAUAAAUCCCGCUAGAUAACAAUAUCCCCCCCCCUUCGUACAGCCCCUGUGUCAGAAGUCAUAAUUCCUUUAUUCUGAUUGKCUUCCUAUCGGGCUGUAUUCAAUUUAAGAAAUACAGCGAGUUUUGGUUUUUCAUCAAAAAUCUAGUAUUUUUACUCAUUUYCUACUCUUUGUAUAUCACUUUUUUUAACUUUCGUAAAAUAAAUACAACUUGAUAUCUA